GCUUUGGUGCAUGGGAGGAGUUCUUACGAAUUUAUUGAUACGAGCAGGUAUAAAAAAACGAACUUGGUCUAAAUCUGCAGCUUGUGCAUCUGAAUCAUCAAAAAUCCAUGAUGAAGAUCAUCCUCAUUCUCUCUCUCAUCAUCUCCCUGAUCUCUCAGGGCUACAGCGGAUCAGCCAGAGUUACUGAUGAUGAGAUAAAGUCUCUGUCUGAGACACUAUUCAGGUUGGACUCUAAUAGUGCCACAGACUCAGAGCUGGUUGUUGACACUCAGGCACUGAUCUCUUCCUCUGAGACAAGCUCUAAGAAUGACCUCUCAUCACGCCCAUUGUUCAAGCACGUGAGUGAGGAUACUUUGUUUUCCAAGCCCACGUAUAAAGCUCUCUUGAAUCUACUAGACAACUAUAGAAGAGUGACAGGAGAUAUUGAGGAUGUCCCCCCUCAGGAGGAGCAGGAACAGGACAUUUUCCUCAAAGAGACCAUGCUAAACACUGAGCUGGGCAGGGAGCUCUACAAUUUCUUGAACUCUAAAGGUGUGUACUCAUCACAGGAGGAGUUUAUCCAGGAUCUCAAGAUGAUGUGGUUCGGCCUUUACACUCGAUCUAAUGACAAGCUGGACUCCAGCGGGUUUGAGCACAUCUUUGUAGGGGAAAUAAAGGGUGGUAAGGUGUCUGGCUUCCACAACUGGCUGCAGUUCUAUCUGAAUGAGAAACAAGGACUAUUGAAUUACUACAGCCAUAGUUUCAAUGGCCCUUGGACUACAUAUCCUGAUAUAUUGGGAAUGCAGUUCAAUUGGGAUGGGUAUUUUAAGGAGGUUGGCUCUUCCUUUAUUGGCGCUAGUCCUGAAUUUGAUCUGGCAGUCUACAGUCUCUGCUACAUCACUCGCCCUGGCAAGAUGUGUUAUCUGAGUUUGGGAGGAAAGACCCAGGGCAUUCAGACCUACACCUGGGAUAAUAGCAGCUAUGGGGACGGAAAGAAGUACAUUGGCUCUGCCUACCCUGCCACACCCUGAUGCCAUGUUAUCUGAAUAUCAAUAUCAGCAGAUCCACGGCUAAUAAACCAAUAUUUUAAUGUUC